AUGAGUGAAAAUCCAACGAGUCCUUUGCCAUCAUCAUCAUCUUCGGAAUCCACCACACCAUCAUCCACCACGCAACCAAUUACUUAUCGGUUCUAUGAAGGAGAACAUGAUAUUACAAAAAUUAAAGCUCUCAUGGAUGUACAUUUGAGUGAGCCCUAUUCAGUCUAUACGUAUCGAUAUUUCAUGAAUGAUUGUCCCCGACAAACCGUAUUAGCCUUUGAUGGUGAUAGGUUUGUUGGAGCUUGUGUCGGAAAUAGUGGAGAUCAUCGUGGAAAGAGCAUACGAGGAUAUAUUGCCAUGUUAGCUGUGGAAAAGCCAUAUAGAAAAAAAGGAAUUGCUUCCGAGCUGGUAAAACGAGUCAUUGAUGAAAUGAGAAAAGCAAACUGUGAUGAAGUGGUUUUGGAGACUGAACUUUCGAACACAUCGGCUCUUUCGUUUUAUGAAAAAUUAGGAUUUAUGAGAGAUAAACGAUUGCAUAAAUAUUAUUUAAAUCAAGGAAGCGCAUUUCGAUUGAAAUUAUAUCUCAAGAAGAAACAACAUGACUUGAAUUAA